AUGCGCGGCAGCCGAGAGUGCUCGGCACCGAGCCCGGAACGCGCCGCGAGAGCGGGAGCGCGGCGCCCCCGCGGUGCGGCCAGCGGGGCCGACACGGCCGAGCCCCGGCGGUGGAGGGAGCGGGAACCCGCGGGCAUGCCUGCAAACCCUCCGGCGGACGCUGUGUUGCCGGUUCACGAUCGGGAGGCUCCGCUCCCUCCACCUCUCCCUUCCUGCCUCCCCGGGGCCGGCCGUGCCGCGCAGCAGCGGUUAGGCGUGCAGCACCGCCGGAACGCGAUAAACAAGGAUGGCCAUCUGCCCUCCGCCCGCUGCCAGCGCGCCGGCACUGCGCCUGGCAGAGCACGGGGGGUGCCUGCCCCGGCCCCGCUCCUGUCCCGGAGCCGCGGGAAGCCGCCGCGCCGCGGGGGCGAGGUCCCCACGCCCUUAUCGGCCGAGACAGCCGAGGAGGCCCGCGGAGGAGUCGUUGCUGCAUCGGCCGCACGGGCAGCGGCGGCGGCAGGCGGGGGCUGGCCCGGGGCUGGCUCGGCUCAGCGCAGCUGGGUGUGUGUGUGCGUGAGUGUGUGUAUAUGUGUGUGUGUGUACAAAGCCGGGUCCCGGGAACUGCCCGAGGGCGGUACUAGGCAGCACAAGGCCAAACCCCCCGGGCCCCCCCGCUUCUCCCCCACCGUGAUCAGUCUCUGCCACGGAGGGAGUGGGGAACCGCAGGGGACGCGGCCGGGCCAACGCACGCCUCAGCCUCCAGCCCUGCGGAGCACUGACAGGAUGAUCCAUUACGCGGGUGUCACUGCCUACAACGAGGUUCAAUCAGAUACGCCGGUUGCCGUGGACAACGGGGGAAGCGGCGGUACCGGGCUGACGACUUUUCUGGAGAGGCGGGUGGUGGUUGCCAUCAGGGAGGUGACACGGCGCGAUCUGCAUGAGGGUGGCCCGGCAUCGCGGGAAGGGACAAACCGCAUCUUCCGCAGCCGCCGCUCGCCUCGCGGCCCCUCCGCUCGUCCGGGAGGCAGCCCCGAACCACCGGCACAUCCUUAGGGAGAGGAACGUCUUCCCUUACAGACGGCUCCGCGGAUGUGCACACACCCCCCCCAUCUGGGAUGCGGUCGGGUCCCUGCCCGGUUCGUGUCCCCCUCGCCGCCGCUGUUGCGGGGCCGGGAGCACGGCACGGCGCCCCACGUCCCUCCCGCAGCCCCGCGGUGGAA